AUGUAUUUCCAACGAGCAACUAAUUCUGUUCAAAGAAACGUUCCUUAAAUUUAAACACAAAUAGCUAUCAGCAAUCAAUAAUAUGUAUUGAAUAUUAAUGAUUUUAGCUGUCUCCUAAUGGUAGGUAUUCCUCUAAUCAAAGUUAAGUGAAGUCAAUAUAAGAGACUCCAAAAGAGAAUUUUGUAAAGGAACAAUUAGAUUCAUUAUAUUUCAAUCUGAAGAAGGAAAAUCAAGUUCUAAAAGAGAAAUUAUAAAUGAUUAGUUCAUAAGUAGAAGAAGCAGAACAAAAAUUAUAAAUAUAUAAAAAAACUUGA